AUGAAGCGCAGCUGGAAGCAGGCUGAGAGAGAAGAUAAGGCCCCCCAGGGGCAGGAAAGUCAAGAGCAGAGUCUGAGGAACUAUCACGACCCCGAUUUUGUGGCAGAGACGACUUCUUCAAUCCCUGACUCCAGACCCCCACCUUUCCCUCUGCCCCUGCCCGUACCCCCAGUCAUUCCCUCAGACUUGGCACAACCCCGGAAGUUGCCCCUGAUGGGCCAUGAUAAGAAUUAUCCUCUGAUGAAGCAGCGUGGGUUCUACUCUGAUAUCCUCACCCCAGGAUCCUUGGAACAACUUGGGGAAGUAUCCCGUGGCCCCUCCAUGAGACAGGGCCUCCUUCGAGUAGCCGACCUCAACAAGUUCACCCCUAAAGUCAACACCUUUGAGAUUCCUGAGGACUUUGAGGAUAUCCUGGUGAAGCAGCGAGUGGGGGCCACCACCCAGCUGCUCACUGACACCGACUUCCCACUGCAGUCCUAUGAGCCCAAGGUGCAAGUGCCUUUCUUGGUGCUGGCUGGCCAGUGUCCCCGCAAAAUUGAGAUCGAGAGGAGGAAGCAGUUGUACAUGAGCCUGGACAUCGAGAAACUGCUGGCUGCAGAAGGAAUUGACUCCAACAAACUCAUGCCCAGGCACCCAGACCCCCAAAACCCCCAGACUAUUGAGCAGGGCCACGAUCCACUCUUCCCCAUCUAUCUACCACUGAAGGUAUUUGAUAAUGAGGAGUUUGACUGCCGAACUCCCAGCGAGUGGCUCAAUAUGGGCUUGGAACCGUGGUCUCAGGACAGAAAACCUGUGCCCGGAAAAGCCCUCCUUCCCACAGACGACAUCCUGGGGCACGAGGACCCCAAGAAUCUCGAGCUGAAGUAUGAAUGGUGCCAAGUUGGGGUCUUAGACUAUGACCCAGAGAAGAAGCUCUACCUCGUGCAUAAGACGGAUGACUACGGCUUGGUGCGGGACGAGGAUGGGGACCCCAUCCUGAAUGGCGGAAUGACGCCUCAAGGACGGAUGCCCCUCAUGGCCUGCCAGUACUGGGUGCCACGGAUCCAGCUGCUCUUCUGUGCCGAGGACCCCCGGGUGUUCACGCAGCGCGUGGUGCAGGCCAACGCCUUGCGCAAGGACACGGAGGCGCUGCUGCUGUACAACCUGUACGGGACCUGCUUGCCCUGCGAUGGCCAGCGCGUCCUCGACGAGCAGAGCCAGAACAAGAUCAAGCAGUGCAUGUGCACCCCCCGGAUGCGCAAAGGACCCUUGGUACUGGAGCACCUCAACAAUCUCUCCAAAGAAGUGAUCCUGGAUUAUGAGCGCAGCAUGAACAAGAUCAAUUUUGACCGAAUUGUUUCCUCCAAGCCUGAAACAUUCUUUUACGUGACCCUGCCGAAGAAGGAGGAGGAGAAGGUACCUAAGCAAGGGCUAGUGAGUGUUCCCAAGUAUCCCUUUCGGGAGCAGAAGGAGGAUUUCACUUUCGUGUCCCUGCUUACGCGUUUGGAAGUCAUCAUGGCCCUCAACAAGGUGCGGGCCGAAUGCAACAAGGUGACAGCCAUGACCCUGUUCCACUCGAGCCUUUCCAAGUCCAGCCGCCUGGAGGAGUUCGAGCAGAUCCAGUCCCAGACCUUCACCCAGGUGCAGAUGUUCCUUAAGGACACCUGGAUCAGCACGCUCAAGGUGGCCAUGCGCAGCAGCCUGCGUGACAUGAGCAAGGGCUGGUACAACCUGUACGAGACCAACUGGGAGGUGUACCUCAUGUCGAAGCUGCGCAAGCUGAAUGAGCUCAUCAAGUACAUGUUGCAGGACACGCUGCGCUUCCUGGUUCAGGACUCGCUCAGCAGCUUCUCCCAGUUCAUCAGCGACGCCUGCUACAGCGUGCUCGACUGCCCCGAUAACAUGGUCUGGGGCGAGGACUUAAUCAAUAGCCCCUACAGGCCACGUAAGAACCCCCUCUUCAUCGUGGACCUGGUGCUAGACUCUACUGGGGUGCACUACAGCACCCCGCUGGAGCAGUUUGAGACCUCUUUGCUAAAUCUCUUUGACAAGGGCAUCCUGGCCACGCAUGCGGUGCCCCAUCUGGAGAAGCUAGUGAUGGAGGACAUCUUCAUCAGUGGCAACCCCUUGCUGGAGUCCGUGGGACUCCACGAGCCUCUGGUGGAGGAGUUCCGGGCCACCAUAGCCAACGCCAUUCGCAAGGCCAUGAUCCCGCUGCAGGCCUACGCCAAGGAGUACCAGAAGUACCUGGAGCUGAACAACACCGACAUCCAGACCUUCCUCAAGGCCUUCCAGUCGAAAAACCUGUCUGCUGAGGUGGUUCGGGAGGUGGUGGUCACCCAUCUGCAGGAGAAAGAGAUCCUGGACAGCUCACUGCCCAGCAGCCUUGUGAUCGGGCCCUUCUACAUCAAUGUGGACAACGUCAAGCAGAGCCUGUCCAGGAAGCGCAAGACCCUGGCCACCUCCCUGCUCGACAUCCUGGCUAAGAACCUGCACCUGGAGGUGGAGAGUAUCUGCGAGAAUUUCCGCAGCAUCAGCCGCAAGAUCUACGAUAAGCCCAACAGCAUCGAGGAGCUGGCUGAACUUCGUGAUUGGAUGAAGGGCAUCCCCGAGAAGUUGGUGGGGCUGGAGGAGCGUAUUGUGAAGGUCAUGGAUGACUACCAAGUCUUGGAUGAAUUCUUCUAUAGCCUGAGCAUGGAUGACUUCAAUGACAAAUGGGCCGCCAGCAACUGGCCUGCCAAGCUCCUUGCACAGAUGGAGCUAGUGUAUCAGCAACAUGCGGAGGAAGAGGAGAAAUUCCGCAAAAUCCAGCUCAUGGAUCAGAACAACUUCCAGGAGAAGCUGGAAGGACUGCAGCUGGUGGUGGCUGGCUUCUCCAUGCAUGUGGACAUCACACGAGCCCAUGAGAUCGCCAAUGAGGCGCGGCGGGUGAAGAAACAGCUGAAGGACUGCCAGCACCUGGCCAUGCUCUACAAUAACCGCGAGCGUAUCUUCGGCCUGCCCAUCACCAACUACGACAAGCUCUCCAGGAUGGUGAAGGAUUUCCAGCCCUAUCUGGACCUCUGGACCACAGCCUCCGACUGGCUGCGUUGGUCUGAGAGCUGGAUGAACGACCCCCUGUCGGCCAUCGACUCCGAACAGCUGGAGAAGAAUGUCAUCGAGUCCUUCAAGACCAUGCACAAGUGUGUGAAGCAAUUCAAGGACAUCACAGCCUGCCAGGAGGUGGCCCUGGACAUCCGCUCGCGCAUCGAGGAGUUCAAGCCGUACAUCCCGCUGAUCCAGGGGCUGCGGAACCCGGGUAUGCGCAACCGCCAUUGGGAUGACUUGUCAAACGAGAUCAACAUCAAUGUUAGGCCCAAGGCCAACCUGACCUUCUCCCGCUGCUUGGAGAUGAACCUGCAGGACCACAUCGAGAGCAUCAGCAAGGUGGCUGAAGUGGCCGGCAAGGAGUAUGCCAUCGAGCAGGCCUUGGACAAAAUGGAGAAGGAGUGGUCAACCAUCCUGUUCAAUGUGUUGCCCUACAAGGAGACGGAGACCUACAUCCUCAAGAGCCCGGAUGAAGCAUCCCAGCUGCUAGAUGACCACAUUGUCAUGACCCAGAGCAUGUCUUUCUCGCCUUACAAGAAGCCUUUUGAGCAGCGUAUCAACUCCUGGGAGAAUAAGCUGAAGCUGACCCAGGAGGUGCUGGAGGAGUGGCUGAACUGCCAGCGGUCCUGGCUCUACUUGGAGCCCAUCUUCAGCUCUGAGGACAUCAACCGGCAGCUGCCUGUGGAGAGCAAGCGCUACCAGACCAUGGAGCGGAUCUGGAGGAAGAUCAUGAAGAACGUCAAUGAGAACCGAGAGGUGAUCAAUGUGUGUUCAGACCAGAGGCUGCUGGACAGCCUGCGGGACUGCAACAAGUUGCUGGACCUGGUCCAGAAGGGCCUCAGCGAGUACUUGGAGACCAAGCGAAGUGCCUUCCCCAGAUUCUACUUCCUGUCAGAUGAUGAACUUCUGGAGAUCUUGUCCCAGACAAAGGACCCCACAGCUGUGCAGCCCCAUCUGCGAAAGUGCUUCGAGAACAUCAACCGGCUGCUGUUCCAGGAGGACCUGGAGAUCACACACAUGUACUCGGCUGAAGGGGAGGAAGUGAAGCUGUCCGCGUCCAUCUACCCAUCCCGCAACGUGGAGGAUUGGCUGCGGGAGGUGGAGCACAGCAUGAAGAACAGCCUGAGGGACAUCAUUGAGAGGGCCAUCAAGGCCUACCCCACGAUGCUGAGGACCGAGUGGGUUCUCAACUGGCCAGGCCAGGUGACCAUUGCUGGAUGCCAAACCUUUUGGACCUUGGAGGUGUCAGAAGCCCUGGAGAUCGGCAACCUCAGUACCAAGCUGUUUCCUCAACUGAGCGAUCAGCUCAGCGACCUGGUGGCUCUGAUCCGGGGGAAGCUGUCCCACAUGCAGCGGGCUGUGCUGUCGGCACUGAUUGUCAUUGAGGUACAUGCCAAGGACGUGGUGAACAAGCUGAUUAUGGAGGAAGUGGUCAGCGUGAACGACUUUGAGUGGAUUUCACAGCUGAGGUACUAUUGGACAAACAACAACCUGUAUAUCCGGGCCGUGAACGCUGAGUUCAUCUAUGGCUACGAGUACCUUGGAAAUACUGGGAGGCUGGUAAUCACACCCUUGACUGACAGAUGCUACCUGACCCUGACUGGGGCUCUUCACCUCAAGUUUGGGGGUGCCCCAGCUGGCCCAGCAGGCACAGGCAAAACUGAGACCACCAAAGACCUGGGCAAGGCCUUGGCCAUCCAAACCGUCGUGUUCAACUGCUCUGACCAACUCGAUUUCAUGGCCAUGGGCAAGUUCUUCAAGGGUCUGGCCAGUGCAGGGGCCUGGGCCUGCUUUGACGAGUUCAACCGCAUCGACAUCGAGGUACUGUCAGUGGUGGCACAGCAGAUCACCACCAUCCAGAAGGCACAGCAGCAGCGGGUGGAGCGUUUCAUGUUUGAGGGUGUGGAGAUCCCCCUCGUGCCUUCCUGCGCAGUUUUUAUCACCAUGAAUCCGGGCUACGCGGGCCGCACCGAGUUGCCUGACAACUUGAAGGCACUCUUCCGGCCCGUGGCCAUGAUGGUUCCAGAUUAUGCCAUGAUCGCGGAGAUCUCCCUCUACUCCUUUGGCUUCAACGAGGCCAAGGUGCUAGCCAAGAAGAUCACAACCACGUUCAAGCUGUCCUCAGAGCAGCUUAGCUCCCAGGAUCACUAUGACUUUGGGAUGAGGGCCGUGAAAACUGUCAUCUCCGCUGCUGGCAACCUUAAGAGAGAGAACCCCAACAUGAAUGAAGAGUUGAUCUGCCUCCGGGCCAUCCGAGACGUGAACGUGCCCAAGUUCCUGCAGGAGGACCUCAAGCUCUUCUCUGGGAUCGUAUCUGACCUGUUCCCCACCAUCAAGGAGGAGGAGACAGACUACGGCAUCCUGGACAAAGCCAUCCGCAAGGCCUGCGAGAAGAACAACCUCAAGGAAGUGGACGGUUUCUUGUGUAAGUGCAUUCAGCUCUAUGAAACCACGGUGGUGCGACAUGGUCUCAUGCUUGUUGGGCCCACGGGCUCUGGCAAAAGUAAUUGUUAUAGAGUGCUGGCGGACGCCUUGACCUCGCUGAAAGGGCAGCCGUCCAUCAGUGGUGGCGUGUACGAGGCCGUCAGCUACUUUGUGGUCAACCCCAAGUCCAUCACCAUGGGCCAGCUGUAUGGGGAGUUUGACCUGCUCACCCACGAGUGGACUGAUGGAAUCUUCUCUUCCCUGAUCCGGGCGGGGGCCAUUGCCUCUGACAACAACAAGAAGUGGUACAUGUUCGAUGGGCCUGUGGAUGCCGUGUGGAUUGAGAACAUGAACACGGUGCUGGAUGACAACAAGAAGCUGUGCCUCAGCUCCGGGGAGAUCAUCAAGCUCACUGAGGCGAUGACCAUGAUGUUUGAGGUUCAGGAUCUGGCAGUGGCCUCGCCCGCCACUGUCUCACGCUGUGGCAUGGUGUACCUGGAGCCAAGCAUUCUGGGGCUCAUGCCCUUUGUCGAGUGCUGGCUGAAGAAGCUGCCUACCUUACUCAAGCCCCACGAGGAGAUGUUCAAGGUCCUCUUUGUCACCUUUCUUGAGGAUUCCAUCACGUUUGUCCGCUCCUCGGUGAAAGAAGUGAUUGCCUCCACCAAUAGCAGCCUUGUCAUGAGCCUCCUCAAGCUCCUGGACUGUUUCUUCAAGCCCUUUCUGCCGAAGGAGGGUCACAAGAAGAUUGUCUCGGAGAAAUUGAACCGAAUCUCGGAGCUGAUUGAACCCUGGUUCAUCUUCGCUCUGGUCUGGAGCAUAGGCGCCACCUGUGACAACUACAGUCGCUGGGCUUUUAGCCAAUGGCUCAGGAUCAAAAUGGACAUGGAAAACCUGGCUCUGCCCUUCCCAGAGGAGGGGCUGGUAUACGACUACAGGCUGGAUGAUGCUGGCAUCAGCAACUUGAAUGAAGAGGAAGAUGAAGAUGAGGAUGUCAAGCAGGCCAGCUGGGUGAAAUGGAUGAACACGUCAACACCCUUCACCAUGAUGCCUGACACCAACUACUGCGACAUCAUCGUCCCCACCAUGGACACCAUUCGCAUGUCCUACAUACUUGAGAUGCUCCUCACCAACCGCAAGCCUGUGCUGUGCAUCGGACCCACGGGCACGGGCAAGACCCUCACCAUCUCUGACAAGCUCCUCAGGAACCUGCCCAUGGAGUACAUUAGCCACUUCCUCACCUUCUCAGCCCGCACCUCAGCCAACCAGACGCAGGACCUCAUCGACAGCAAGCUGGACAAGAGGCGUAAGGGAGUGUUUGGGCCACCCCUGGGGCGCAAUUUCAUCUUCUUUAUUGAUGACCUGAAUAUGCCAGCUCUGGAGACAUACGGGGCCCAGCCGCCUAUCGAGCUGCUUCGCCAGUGGAUGGACCACGGCGGUUGGUAUGACCGCAAGAUUAUCGGUAACUUCAAGAACUUGGUAGACAUCAACUUUGUGUGUGCCAUGGGCCCCCCGGGUGGCGGCAGGAACCCCAUCACCCCGCGACUCACGCGUCACUUCAACUACCUGUCCUUCACUGAGAUGGAGGACGUCAGCAAGAUGCGCAUCUUCUCCACCAUCCUCAACAGCUGGAUGAGUGGACACCUUGGAGAAAAGAGUUACCGGGAGCCUGUGCCUGGGGCCCCCACCAUCGCCCACUUGGCGAAUCCACUUGUGGAUGCCACCAUCAUGGUCUACUCCACCAUCAUCUCCCAGCUGCUGCCUACUCCGGCCAAGUCCCACUACACUUUCAACCUCCGCGACCUUUCCAAGGUGUUCCAGGGCAUGCUCAUGGCUGACCCAGCCAAGGUGGAGGACAAGGUGCAGCUGCUGCGACUGUGGUACCACGAAUCCUGCCGCGUGUUCCGUGACCGCCUGGUGGACGACGAGGACCGCAGCUGGUUUGACAAGCUACUGGAAUCCUGCAUGGAACGAUGGAAUGUGACCUUCCAGGAGGUUUGCCCCUUCCAGCCCAUCCUCUAUGGGGACUUCAUGUCUCCAGGCGCCGACAUCAAGACCUACGAGCUCAUCACUGAUGAGAAGAAGAUGAUGCAGGUGAUUGAGGAGUAUAUCGAGGACUACAACCAGAUCAACACGGCCAAGCUGAAGCUGGUGCUUUUCAUGGAUGCCAUGAGCCACGUGUGCCGUAUCAGCCGCACGCUGCGCCAGGCCCUGGGCAACGCGCUGCUGCUGGGCGUGGGGGGCAGUGGCCGUAGCUCCCUCACCCGGCUUGCUUCACACAUGGCCGAGUAUGAGUGCUUCCAGAUCGAACUCUCCAAGAACUACGGCAUGACCGAGUGGCGUGAAGACGUCAAGAAGGUCUUGCUCAAGGCUGGCCUGCAAAACCUGUCCAUCACUUUCCUGUUCUUAGACACCCAGAUCAAAAAUGAAUCCUUCCUGGAGGACAUCAACAAUGUCCUCAACUCAGGAGACAUCCCCAAUCUCUACUCCUUCGAUGAGCAGGACCAAAUUGUCACCACCAUGAGGCCUAUCAUUCAGGAGCAGGGCCUGCAGCCCACCAAGGCCAACCUUAUGGCUGCUUACACCAGCCGCGUGCGCAGCAACAUCCACAUGGUAUUGUGCAUGAGCCCCAUUGGAGAGAUCUUUCGAGCCCGUCUACGGCAGUUUCCCUCCUUGGUCAACUGCUGUACCAUCGACUGGUUUAACGAGUGGCCGGCGGAGGCUUUGGAGUCCGUGGCAUCCAUGUCCCUGCAUGAGAUCAUAGAGCUGGAGACCAACACCGAGCUAAUUAAAGGAAUGACUCAGGUUUGUGUGUUCAUCCACCAAUCAGUGGCCAAGAAAUGUAGUGUGUACUUGGCUGAACUGGCCCGCCACAACUAUGUGACCCCCAAGAGCUACCUGGAGCUGCUGAAUAUUUUCUCGGUCCUCAUUGGGCAAAAGAAACAAGAGCUGAAAACUGCCGUGCACCGCAUGAAGAGUGGCCUGGACAAGUUGCUUCGCACUGCUGAAGAUGUGGCCAAGAUGCAGGAGGAGCUGGAGAUCAUGCGUCCCCUGCUGGAAGAAGCUGCCAAGGACACCAUGCUCACCAUGGACCAGAUCAGGGAUGAUACAGCCCUUGCUGAGGAGACCCGAAAAUCAGUGCAGGCAGAGGAGAACAAGGCUAAUCUGAAGGCCAAGAAGGCUCAGGCUAUCGCCGACGAUGCCCAGAAGGAUCUGGAUGAGGCACUGCCCGCCCUGGACGCAGCCCUGGCCAGUCUUCGAAACCUCAACAAGAAUGAUGUGACUGAGGUGCGUGCCAUGCAGCGGCCACCUCCAGGUGUGAAGCUGGUCAUUGAAGCCAUGUGCAUCAUGAAAGGCAUUAAACCCAAGAAAAUUGCGGGGGAGAAGCCGGGCACAAAGGUGGACGACUACUGGGAGCCUGGAAAGGGGCUACUGCAGGAUCCGGGCCGCUUCCUCGAGAGCCUAUUCAAGUUUGACAAGGACAAUAUAGGGGAAGCAGUGAUCAAAGCCAUCCAGCCAUACAUUGACAACGAGGAGUUCCAGCCAGCCGCCAUCGCCAAGGUGUCUAAAGCCUGCACGUCCAUCUGCCAGUGGGUGCGCGCCAUGCACAAGUACCAUUUUGUGGCCAAGGCUGUGGAGCCCAAGCGGCAAGCCCUGUCAGAAGCCCAGGAUGACCUGGAAGUGACACAGAAGAUCCUGGAGGAAGCCAAGAUGCGCCUGCAAGAGGUGGAAGGUGGCAUCUCCACGCUGCAGGCCAAGUACCGCGAAUGCAUCACCAAGAAGGAGGAGCUGGAGCUCAAAUGCGAGCAGUGCGAGCAGCGGCUGAGACGGUCCGACAAGCUUAUCAAUGGCCUGUCAGAUGAGAAGGUGCGCUGGAAAGAGACUGUGGAGAACCUGGAGGACAUGCUGAACAACAUUAUUGGCAAUGUGCUGGUGGCUUCUGGCUUCGUGGCUUACCUGGGCCCCUUCACGGGCGAGUACCGCACAGUGCUCUUUGAGAGCUGGGUCCAGAAGCUCAAUACCUAUGAGGUCCCUCACAGCACCGAGCCGACGCUGAUUGGGACAUUGGGGAACCCGGUGAAGAUCCGCUCUUGGCAGAUCGCCGGCCUCCCCAAUGACACCCUGUCAGUGGAGAAUGGGGUCAUCAGCCAGUUCUCUCAACGCUGGACUCACUUCAUUGACCCCCAGGGACAGGCCAACAAAUGGAUCAAGAACUUGGAGAAGGACAGUGGGCUGGACGUAUUCAAGAUGAGUGACCGAGACUUCCUGCGCAGCUUGGAGAAUGCCAUCCGCUUUGGCAAGCCCUGCCUUCUGGAGAAUGUGGGUGAGGAGCUGGACCCGGCCCUGGAGCCGGUGCUGCUCAAACAGACAUACAAGCAGCAGGGAAACACCGUGAUGAAACUGGGGGACACAGUGAUCCCCUAUCACGAGGACUUCAGACUCUACAUCACCACCAAGCUGCCCAACCCACACUACACGCCUGAGGUCUUCACCAAGCUCACCCUCAUCAACUUUACCCUGUCGCCCAGUGGCCUGGAGGACCAGCUAUUGGGCCAAGUGGUGGCUGAGGAGCGGCCUGACCUAGAGGAAGCCAAGAACCAGCUGAUUGUGAGCAACGCCAAGAUGCACCAGGAACUGAAGGACAUUGAAGACCAGAUCCUGUACCGGCUCAGCUCUUCGGAGGGCAACCCCGUGGACGAUAUGGAGCUUAUCAAGGUGCUCGAAGCUUCCAAGGCAAAAGCUGCUGAGAUCCAGUCCAAGGUCAGGAUUGCAGAGAAGACAGAGAAGGACAUUGACCUCACGCGCAUGGAGUACAUCCCAGUGGCCGUCCGCACCCAGAUUCUCUUCUUCUGCGUGUCUGACCUGGCCAACGUGGACCCCAUGUACCAGUACUCCCUCGAGUGGUUUCUCAAUAUCUUCCUCUCAGGCAUUGCUAGCUCAGAGAGGGCAGACAACCUGAAGAAGCGCAUCGCCAACAUCAACCGCUACCUCACCUUCAGCCUCUACAGCAACGUCUGCCGCAGCCUCUUUGAGAAGCACAAGCUGAUGUUUGCCUUCCUGGUGUGUGUCCGCAUCAUGAUGAAUGAUGGCAAGAUCAAAAAGAGCGAGUGGCGCUACCUCCUGUCCGGGGGCUCCAUCCAGGAUGUCGAGAUGGAGAACCCUGCCCCAAGCUGGCUAUCAGACAGAACCUGGCGCGACAUUAUGAGCCUCUCCAGCCUGCCAACCUUUGCCAACCUCCCCAGUGACUUCGUGAAGCAUCUCUCAGAGUUCCAGGCCAUCUUUGACAGCCCUGAACCCCACCGGGAGCCUCUGCCAGGCAUCUGGGAUCAGUAUCUGGACCAGUUCCAGAAGCUUCUGGUACUCCGCUGUCUGCGUGGGGACAAAGUCACCAACGCCAUGCAGGACUUUGUGUCCUCCAACCUGGAGCCACGCUUCAUCGAACCACAGACGGCCAACCUGUCUGCCGUGUUCAAAGACUCCAAUGCUGUCACACCCCUCAUCUUUGUGCUCUCUCCUGGCACUGAUCCCGCCGCUGACCUCUACAAGUUUGCCGAGGAGAUGAAGUUCUCCAAGAAGCUCUCUGCCAUCUCCCUGGGCCAAGGCCAGGGACCUCGAGCAGAAGCCAUGAUGCGAAGCUCCAUCGAGAGGGGCAAGUGGGUCUUCUUUCAGAACUGCCACCUGGCUCCCAGCUGGAUGCCAGCCCUCGAGCGCCUCAUCGAACACAUCAACCCUGACAAGGUACACAGGGACUUCCGCCUCUGGCUCACGAGCCUGCCCAGCAACAAGUUUCCAGUGACCAUCCUGCAGAACAGCUCCAAGAUGACCAUCGAGCCACCACGUGGCGUUAAGGCCAACCUGCUCAAAUCCUACAGCAGCCUCAGCGACGACUUCCUCAACUCCUGUCACAAGGCGAUGGAGUUCAAGUCCUUGCUGCUGUCUCUAUGUCUCUUCCACGGGAAUGUGCUGGAGCGCCGGAAGUUCGGGCCACUGGGCUUCAAUAUCCCCUACGAGUUCACCGAUGGGGACCUUCGCAUCUGCAUCAGCCAGCUCAAGAUGUUCUUGGACGAGUACGACAGCAUUCCCUACAAGGUCCUCAAGUACACAGCAGGAGAGAUCAACUAUGGAGGCCGCGUCACUGACGACUGGGACCGCCGCUGCAUCAUGAAUAUCCUGGAGGACUACUACAGCCCCGCGGUCCUCUUCCCUGAACACACCUACAGUGCCUCAGGGGUCUACCACCAGAUCCAACCCACCUACGACCUUAACGGCUACCUGUCCUACAUCAAGGGUCUCCCACUCAACGACAUGCCUGAGAUCUUCGGCCUCCAUGACAAUGCCAACAUCACCUUUGCCCAGAAUGAGACUUCUGCUCUGUUUGGUACCAUCAUCCAGCUGCAACCCAAGACAUCCUCGGCGGGCAGCCAGGACCAGGAGGAGAUAGUACAGGAACUAGUCCGGAGCAUUCUGCUUAAGAUUCCUGAACCUAUCAACUUGCAGUCUGUGAUGGCCAAGUACCCGGUGCUGUAUGAGGAAUCCAUGAACACAGUGCUAGUCCAGGAGGUCAUCCGGUACAACCGGCUGCUGCAGGUGAUUUCCCAGUCAUCGCAAGACCUGCUUAAGGCCCUCAAGGGGCUGGUGGUCAUGUCCUCCAGGCUGGAGCUGAUGGCAGCCAGUCUAUACAACAACAGCGUGCCUGAGCUCUGGAAAGCUAAGGCUUACCCAUCGCUCAAGCCUCUGUCCUCCUGGGUCAUAGACCUGCUCCAGCGCCUGGACUUCCUGAAUCUCUGGAUAAACGGGGGCAUCCCAGCCACCUUCUGGAUCAGCGGCUUCUUCUUCCCCCAGGCUUUCCUGACAGGCACCCUGCAGAAUUUUGCUCGCAAAAAUGUCAUCUCUAUCGACACCAUCUCCUUCGAUUUCAAGGUAGUGAAAACUCCUGUAGCACAGAUUACAACAAGGCCCCAAGAAGGCUGCUUCAUCCACGGGCUGUUCCUGGAAGGUGCCCGCUGGGACCCUGUGGCCUUCCAACUGGCUGAGUCUCGGCCCAAAGAGCUCUAUACAGAGAUGGCCGUUAUCUGGCUCCUGCCGGUGGCCCAUCGCAAGGCCCAAGACCAGGACUUCUACCUGUGCCCCAUCUAUAAGACACUGACCCGAGCUGGAACACUCUCCACCACAGGCCACUCCACCAACUAUGUCAUCGCGGUGGAAAUCCCCACCGACCAGCCCCAGCGACACUGGAUAAAGCGUGGGGUGGCCCUCAUCUGUGCCCUGGACUACUGAUUUACAGGGCUGGGCCAUUAAAGUUGUUGAAGCAGU